AUGGGAAGCUCCGUCAUGUGACUCUGCGCUUCUCUCUCGCGAGACUGGUUUUCCUAUUCCGGAUCUCAGUGGCUGCUUCUGCUGCUGGAGGCACUGAGUGACAGCGCGGCUCGGGAUGUGAGGGUGCGCCAGGACUGGCUCCAGAAUACGGGGAUGUCACCCGCUCGCCGGCUCGUGGUCUGAUCUAUGUAGUGAUUGAAUCUUCAUGGCAAUGGAUUCAAAGGCACUGCUGUCUAUUAUCCCCGUGGAGGGGAUGACCUGCAAUUCUUGUGUCCAGACGAUUGAGCAGAGGAUUGGCAGUCUCAAUGGAAUUCACAGUAUUCAGGUAUCGCUGGAAGGAAAAACUGCUUCAGUUAUGUAUGACCCGAUGCUUCAGACGUCAGACACCCUGCAGGAAGCAAUUGAGGAUAUGGGAUUUGAGACUGCACCUGUUAGUACAAAAUCACAGCCUGUACCUACUGAUACAGUCUUUCUGCGCCUAUCCACAGAGCAGUCUGCAGAGAACAUUCGUAAUGGACUUUUACAGCACAAGGGAGUCCUGGAUGUAAAUACCUCUCUAGAGAAGACAGAGCUUAGUGUGACUUAUAUACCGUCAGUAGUGCAUACUGACAUUAUUAUGGAGAAGUUUCCAGGACUGAGUCUAGAUACCAUGAACCCAAGUAAGAGAUCUUCUGAUUCUCCAGACAAUCCCAUGGCACAGACUAGAGAUGUUCUAGUGAAAAUAAAAGUGGAAGGCAUGACGUGCCAUUCCUGUACCAGUACUAUCGAAGGCAAGAUUGUGAAACUGAAAGGAGUACAACGUAUCAAAGUGUCGCUGGACAGCCAAGAAGCUCACAUUAUUUAUCAACCUCGCCUCAUCACAGCUGAUAAUAUAAGGCGCCAAAUAGAAGAAGCUGGUUUUACAGCAUCCAUAAAGCACAAAGCACCCCCCAAAUUGGGAGUCAUUGAUGUUGAACGUUUGACAAAUGGACAGACUAAUGGUAAUGGGGAUAUGGCUCAGACAAGACCAAAGUCUCAUACUGACCUAACAAGAGUCUUGCUACAGGUGGAUGGCAUGCACUGUAAAUCAUGUGUGGUAAAUAUUGAAAGUAACAUUUCUGCUCAUCCUGGAGUGUCCAAUGUUGAAGUAUCAUUAGAAAGAAAAUCGGCAAUGGUAAAUUAUAAUCCAAAUCUCACUAGCUCGGAUGCAGUAUGCAGAGCCAUAGAAUCUCUGGCACCAGGUGUAUUUAAAGUGAGUCUUUGUAAUGGGCCGGACUCUUCCACUGCCCAGUGGUCAUCAGAAGCCAUUUAUAAAGAAAAAGCAUCUUCUAACCGGACAAGUUGGGAUCCUUCACAUAAAGUCGCAGUGGUGAACAUUUCAGGGAUGACCUGCAGUUCUUGUGUGCAAUCAAUUGAGGGUGUCCUCUCUCAGAAACCAGGUGUGAUAUCUAUCCAUGUGUCUCUGGCAAACAAAAAUGGGACUGUGGAAUAUAACCCUAAUAUUACCAAUCCAGAAACUAUCCGAGCAGACAUAGAGGAUAUGGGAUUUGACACCUCUCUAGAUGGCACCUUAACUGACAUUACGUUGGAAACCGUACAGAAACCUCAUGCCAAUUCUAGCCAACCAAAAGAUGUCUUAAGCAAAGAAACACCCAUACACAGCAAACAAGACUCCAGAACAAUCAACAAGUGUUUCAUUCAGGUCUCUGGCAUGACGUGUGCUUCGUGUGUAGCCAAUAUAGAGCGGAAUCUCCGCAGGGAAGAAGGCAUAGCUUCCGUUCUUGUUGCCUUAAUGGCAGGGAAAGCUGAAGUGAGAUACAACCCAGUGAUUAUACAGCCAUCGGGCAUCGCUGAGCUGAUCCAGGAGCUGGGCUUUGAGGCAUCUGUGCUAGAAAAUUAUGAUGAUGGAGAUGGUGUCUUGGAGUUAGUGGUGAGGGGGAUGACAUGUGCAUCCUGCGUACAUAAAAUUGAGUCUUGCCUAAUGAACACUAAAGGUGUACUCUACAGCUCCGUAGCUCUUGCUACAAAUAAAGCCCAUAUUAAAUAUGAUCCGGAGAUCAUUGGACCAAGAGACCUCAUGAAAAUUAUUACUAAUUUAGGGUUCAGUACAACGUUGGUUAAAAAAGAUAGAUCUGCCAGUCAUCUGGAUCACAGAGUUGAAAUACAGAGGUGGAAACGGUCAUUCCUCAUUAGUCUGAUCUUCUGCAUUCCUGUGAUGGGAUUAAUGAUUUACAUGAUGUUCAUGGACAGUGAUCAGAUGUCUCACCAUCAGAAUAUGACCAUGGAUGACAUAACAAUGUACCAUCCUACAAUGGUCUUGGAAUAUCAGAUCAUGCCGGGCCUAUCAAUCAUGAACCUGCUGUCCUUCCUGUUGUGCAUUCCUGUGCAGUUUUUAGGUGGCUGGUACUUCUACAUUCAAGCAUACAAAGCACUGAAGCAUAAAACCGCAAAUAUGGAUGUUCUUAUAGUUCUGGCCACCUCUAUUGCUUUUAUUUAUUCUCUGGUUAUACUUCUGGUUGCAAUGUGUGAAAAAGCAAGAGUGAACCCAAUUACAUUUUUUGACACCCCACCAAUGCUGUUUGUAUUCAUUGCACUGGGCAGAUGGUUGGAGCAUGUUGCCAAGAGCAAAACAUCAGAAGCUCUUUCAAGACUAAUUUCUUUGCAAGCAACCGAAGCCACCAUUGUAGCACUAGGACCUGAUAACUCUGUUAUAAGUGAAGAACAGGUGCAUGUGGAAUUGGUUCAACGAGGGGACAUUGUGAAAGUGAUGCCUGGUGGAAAAUUUCCUGUGGAUGGACGAGUGAUAGAAGGCCACUCCAUGGUGGAUGAAUCUCUUAUUACAGGGGAGGCCAUGCCUGUAAAUAAGAAACAAGGGAGCAGUGUUAUUGCUGGUUCUAUUAACCAGAAUGGAUCCCUACUCAUUACUGCCACUCAUGUCGGUUCGGAUACCACCCUCUCACAAAUAGUUAAGCUUGUGGAAGAAGCACAAACAUCAAAGGCUCCAAUCCAGCAAUUUGCUGAUAAACUGAGUGGUUAUUUUGUCCCUUUCAUUGUUAUCAUAUCUUGCCUCACCUUGUUUGUCUGGAUUAUUAUUGGUUAUCGCAACUUUGAAAUUGUAGAGAAAUAUUUUCCUGGUUACAACAAGAGCAUUUCAAGGGGGGAGGUGAUUAUCCGCUUUGCCUUUCAAGCUGCCAUAACGGUCUUGUGUAUAGCUUGCCCCUGUUCUCUUGGUCUGGCGACCCCAACUGCAGUUAUGGUUGGUACAGGAGUUGGGGCUCAGAAUGGCAUACUGAUUAAAGGAGGUGAACCCCUAGAAAUGGCACACAAAGUGAAGACUAUUGUGUUUGAUAAGACUGGUACAAUCACGCAUGGCUCGCCAAUUGUUAUGCAAGUGAAGGUGUUGGUAGAAAGUAACCGGAUGCCACCAAAUAAACUACUGGCAAUUGUGGGCACUGCAGAGGGCAAUAGUGAACACCCUCUUGGAUCAGCAGUCACAAAGCAUUGCAAAGAGGUCUUGAAUACAGAAAACCUGGGUACUUGUUACGAUUUCCAGGCAGUGCCUGGGUGUGGGAUCAGCUGCAAAGUCAGUAACAUUGAUCACCUUCUGUACCAUAGCAACCAGACAACAAAUACAAACAGCAAAAAUGCCCUGUUAGUAGAAAUUGAUACAAAGCAUGAGGACUCCGAACUUUAUCAAAUCACAGACUUCCACACAACAACCUCUUCCCCAUCUCAGACAUACUCCGUUUUGAUUGGGAACCGUGAGUGGAUGAAUAGAAAUUUCUUGACCCUGAAAAGUGAGACUGAUAUUCUCAUGACUGAGCAUGAAAACAAAGGUCGUACAGCUGUCCUGGUUGCUGUGGAUGGUGUUCUGUGUGGCUUAAUAGCUAUCGCUGACACUGUAAAACCUGAAGCAGCUUUAGCUGUUCAUACAUUGCGAUCAAUGGGCCUCGAUGUUGUCUUAAUGACUGGGGACAACAGUAAGACUGCAAAAAACAUUGCUUCUCAGGUUGGUAUAACUAAAGUGUUUGCUGAGGUCCUCCCAUCUCAUAAAGUUGCCAAAGUAAGACAACUGCAGGAGCAAGGGAUAAGGGUGGCAAUGGUGGGAGAUGGAAUCAAUGACUCUCCAGCUCUUGCCAUGGCCAAUGUGGGAAUCGCCAUAGGAACUGGCACUGACGUGGCCAUUGAAGCUGCAGAUGUAGUUCUUAUAAGGAAUGAUCUCCUGGACGUUGUGGCCAGCAUAAAUUUAUCACGCAAGACUGUGAGAAGAAUACGAAUAAAUUUUGUGUUUGCUCUAAUUUACAACCUCAUUGGCAUUCCUAUAGCUGCAGGUGUGUUUAUGCCAGUUGGUUUGAUUCUGCAACCCUGGAUGGGAUCCGCAGCAAUGGCAGCUUCUUCAGUCUCUGUUGUUUUUUCGUCCUUGCUGCUUAAACUGUACCGAAAGCCAAGUCGUGAGCAACUGGAGCUUCAAGCUCAGGGUCAAAUGAGGCAGAAAUCCCCUUCAGAAAUUAGCGUCCACAUUGGAAUCUCUGAAAACCGGAGAAGUUCUCCAAAGCUCAACAUUUUGGAUCGGUUUGUGAACUACAGCCGAGCCUCCCUCAAUUCCUUCCUGUCUGACAAACAUUCCCAGCACAGCAUGCCCUUGAAUGAUCCAGACAAGCAUACACUACUCAUGGAAGACCUAAGAGGCGAGGAAGACACCUUUCUAUGAUCGGAAUUGCGUUAUGGUCUAGUUUGCUCUCUCAAUUAUGAAAAUCUCUGUGAAUUGUAAAGAAAAUAUACCUAAGAGUCAGUAUGGACAGCACCAAUGGAAACAUACCAAUGAGCCUUUUGUAGCCAACUUACAUUGCAGUGACAUCUUCAAGCACUGAAAAAGUUAGCAAGGACAUCUAAGCCAUUCACUUGUAAGCUAAUGUGCCUUAUGCAUUUACACAGUUCUUCAUUAUGAGGCCUGCAUACACAGGAAUGAAGUGACUCAUGUUACACUGAUUACUAUUAUUAUUUUUAUUAUGACUUGUGGACAAUUUAGUUGCUCUUUACCUUCUCUCAUGAAAUGAGGGAGGCGUAUUCUUCCCCUGUUUAUCCAUCUCAUUAUUAAUUCCCACAUCCCUGCAAUGCCAAUGUUUCUAUCAGGUAUGUCAAAUCCAUGAUGGAAAUGGGUGUGUAUUGCGUGAUCGGCGGUCAACAUACCGACGCCAGCAUCCCAGCAGUGGAAUGACAACGGGGGGGCGUGCGCAACAAGCCCCUUGCGUGCUCAGUGGCGACCUGCAGUCGCCACGGGUUCUAUUUCCACUUUAUGGGUGUCGUGGACACCCACUAGUGGGAAUAGUCCGUGUUGGUCGGCAUGCCGACCAUGGGGAUUGUGAGGAUGCGGGAAGACAAUGUGAGACCGCCGUUCACAUAACUACAUCCCGAUGGAAAUAUAUGCUGUCACAUUCAACACUUUUCACAUUUCACAAAAUAAAUUAAGAUUAUGUUUCUUGCUUUACCUUGCCCCCCAUGAAGAGAGGGCUUUGCUGUGUUACUGCCAGUAACCUUAGUUACAGCACAUUAUCUACCUGCCAUUGCACUCAUAUUUCUCUGUGAAAUCCAUAGGAAUUCUGUUCUAUAUUUUCUACUGGAUUAUCACAACAUGAAGUACCCUAUGACUUGCUUGGGUCCUGUCCCUGCCUAAGAGGCACUGUCAGGAUCUAAAACAACUAAAUUUUUGAAUAGCAGUGUGGGUCAAAUUAUGAUAAAAUAAUGUUCAUGUC